AGAAAAAAAGAAAAACAAGAAAAAACAAUGGAGAUCUUAAAACUAACAAUACUAAUACUCAUAACAACAACAACAACAACAACAACAACAACAACAACACCAACAACACACACGGACAAACAAACAGAACAACAACAAGAGGAAGGAAAGAUGGGCGUAACAGAAGCAUGGGUAAGGCAUCACCCAUACUACCACCCACGCCCACUACCACCACCACCACUACCACGCCCACCCAUUCACACCUACAGGAACCCCAUCCCAGCUCGCUCCUACACCCCAGCCCACCCUCGACCCCCGCCCCGCCCACCAGCGCCCCCAUAUUACAGAGUGAGGGGUCAGGGGCAUCAAAAUGGGUACUGGGGGGGUCAGAGAGGUGAGGGAGGGCAAGAACAGGGUUAUGUGACCAAUGGAUCCCUUACAGAGGCGCUUAACACUCUAUGGACGGCCAGAGACGGCGGGGAGCACACCCACAACCACAAACACCACAACUACGGCACUAACGACCACAAGACGCAUGGAUUUAGCGCUAACGACCACAGGGACUCAAAUAACCACCAUGACCACCACGACCCCGGGAAAUCUGAAUACGACUACGACUACGACCAACAUAACAGCAUUGCCAACGACCACAGGAGCCAACACGUGCAUAAUUACAACAUGCACACCACACAGAGGACACAUGGCGCCCGGUUCUCGCCCUCCCAGCCCCUGCCUUGGAACCCAGCCCCUCCCUUAGCUCCAUACAGCCCCAGGGGACCACAGGGGAGAGACCCAGCACGCCCAGGACGCCCCCAGGUCACCAUAAGGACUAGUGUACCCCGGGGUGUGCCUCGUACUUCCCCCCCUCCCCCGGUUAUGCCUGCUUUGGUGGCCCCCUUGGUACCCCCAGCCCCCGUGAACCACAGGGGGCAUCUUGCGAGACAGCCACGCCCCCCCUUCAUCCGCCCCCUCACGCCCAUGGUCCCCCUGCGGCACUCCGUCAACCCUGCAGUACCACGCCCACCACAGCAUAGACACCCAGGAGGCCUUCACCGCUCCGACCCACCUCACCUACCACUACCACCACCACCAGCCCACACCUCUUCCCUGCCACUGCAUCUUACACCCCUGGAGGCAGCGCAACUUUCUAGACUUCUAAGCGAUCCCCUCUGGCGCAGGCACUUCUAGGAGCCGUGAACCGAGUCGGAUUAGCAGACAAGGAGAGCAUUGUGGCGGCCUCCCCAGACCCUUACACCUACGAGGACAGCUGGAUGAGUGGUGUCGGGACAGUUGUGGGGGACGUGGCUGACUCCCUGCCUUCACUCGAGCGAGCCGUCACUACCAUGUCCUUUGUCGCCUUUGGAAUCUUCAUGACCAACCUUCUCAUCCAGGCCAUGGUUAAUACAACAACAAUAUCAUCAGUGUUUGGAAAGGACGCAAACGAGAGCCCCUUUUCUCAAACCUCCCUUACUCUUCCUCUCGACCUCACCUCCUUCAUGACGGGGGUGGAGGGAAGGGAGGGAGGGGUGGAGCUGGAGGAGGAGGUGGAGGGAGUGGAGGGAAGAGAGGAAGAGGGGAGGAACACAUGGCUGACGGGAGAAGAUGUCAAGCAAAGUGUGAAGUCAAUUAAUGAUGUCUACCUGGGUUUCCACGAGCUGGCCAGGAAAGGUCUGGCGGAGGUUGUGGGUGCCCUGAGAUUGGACAACGGCCUGCCCCUCCCCCCUAGGCUGCCACAGGACCUUCAGCUGCCCCCGGAGUGUGUGAGGCGCCUGUUGUGUGAGGUCCACAGCGCGGCCACCACCAGGCACGGCGGCACGAGAACAUACUCCUUGCUGCCUUAUUGGACGGCGGCUGUGCGUUGGCUGAAAGGCGGAGAAGAGGAGAAAAUGCAGAAGAAGAAGAAGAAGAAGAAGGAGGAGGAGGAGGAGGAGGAGGAGGAGGAGGAAAGGAGGAGGAGGAGGAGGCUAUUUCGACCAUUCUAGAGGACAUGAGGGCAGAAGUAGCAGGGCAGAGUGGGAGGAACUGCGCCUCUGUGUUCCCAGCAUGCCACGCCCACCUUCUGCUGCCCUUCAGAACACUGGUGGAGGAGGAGGUGGCGGAGGGAAGCCAGCGCAGGAUUGUGCUCCCAGAAGAGGAGGAAGAGGAGGAGGAAGAGGAGGAGGAGGAAGAGGA